UAAAAACCUAUUUUCUCUCUCCUCCACGUGCCCUUUCCUUAUUCGUCAAUCCCCCACCCCACCUUUUCUUUUCUUCAUUUUUAUUCUCCCCUCUUUCCUUCUCCCUUUCCUCUCUUCUCGUCUCCCAACUUUCUCUCUCCUCUUUUUUUUCUCUCUCUCUACCUUCUCUCUCCUCCCCCAUCAAUGGAAUCCUCUUCCUCCGACGAGAGCUCCAUCUUCUCCGGCGAAGAAGCUUUGACGUCGUCAUCAUCAUCAUCUUCUUCGUCGUCGGCGAUGAGUAGCGGAAGUUCCGGCGAGAUUCCGGAGACAGUGGUUGGAAUAUCCGGCGAAUCUCCGGCGAGAGAGAAGUGUGUUGGGAGACAUGACAGGGUAACCUGGGGAUAUACCUGUGUAAUUGGUCGGAGAGCUGAAAUGGAGGAUGCUGUUGCGGUGGUCCCUGGGUUUGUCUCCAGCACGUGCUCUCACGUGGGUGGUUGUACUGCUCCUGCUUCUAGAACCUCCCUUGAACUCUCUCCUCUUCAUUUCUUCGGUGUUUUUGAUGGUCAUGGUGGUCCCGAGGUUGCUGACUUCUGUGCCGAGCAGAUGCAUGAGGUUAUAGCAGAGGAGUUGAAUGGGGAAGGAGUUGAUGGAUUUGAGUGGCAGAAGAAGUGGAAACAAGUAUUUUCCAGUGGCUUCCGGAGAGCCGAUGACAAGGUUGUCUCAGAAGCUAAAGCCUCAGAGAUGGUUGGAUCCACGGCUGUUGUAGCAGUUGUUUCUGGUUGUCAGAUCAUUUUGUCCAAUUGUGGGGAUUCAAGGGCUGUUCUUUGUAGAAGGACACAGACCAUUCCUUUGACUGUUGAUCACAAGCCAGAUAGAGCUGAUGAAUUAUCGAGAAUUGAAGGAGAGGGUGGGAGAGUCAUAAACUGGCAUGGUGCUAGGGUGCUUGGAGUCCUUGCUAUGUCUCGAGCUAUAGGUGAUAGGUAUAUGAGCCCUUACAUAAUUCCAGUGCCCGAGAUCACUUUCAUGACGAGAAGUGAUGAAGACGAGUGUUUGAUAUUGGCAAGUGAUGGGCUUUGGGAUGUCAUGUCAAAUGAUGAGGUAGGGGAGGUUGCCCGCCGCCUCCUUAGGAGAAUGCGAAGGUCCACAGUAUCCAGUGAUGUUUGUCCUGCACAAGUGGUUGCUGAUAAUCUCAGGCAGCUUGCUAUUGGGAGAAACAGUUCUGAUAACAUCUCAAUCAUAGUCGUUGAUCUGAAAUCGAGGAUAAGAAAUCAAGCAAAGCAACAAAUAUAGCAGGGUAUUGAAUAUUGAUUUUCUUCAUUUCUUUGAGGCCUGUUGAGAAAAUAUAAAGCUCCAACGAAGCUUUCUAGAUAUUCUUAGGUAGCCAUCAUCAGCUAUUAUUUUCUACUGUACAAAGCUGACACUGCUGGUGAGAAAGCGCUCCUGACUUUCAAAAUUGUAUUACUGCAAAUUAUUGGAUCAACCCUCUAUUUUAGUUGGUUUGAUCCAAACUUUCCGAAAGUGGAAAUGACAAAAAUAUGAAAUAGGAAAAUUUAAACAAACUAUUGAUGUUCUGCAAUGAUGCUAUCAUUUUUUUCUGGUUUCAAUGAAAGGCUGAAGACAUCAAGAUGUUGCCGCGGCUUCAAGCUCUGAUUAUGUAAAUAUCAGCUGCAGGCAAUCGUUGUUCAUGCUCAAUAACCUAACCGGACUUGAAUGCCACCCUUCAGUGUAUUCAUUUGCGAAAUUUUUAUGGUUAAGGUCAUGUAUAAUUAGUUAUGUACUACUAAUGUAGUGAAUGACAUGUAAUGCUAUGAUGCUACUCCCUCCGUUCUAUAAUACUUGCGACGUUGGAGUGGACA